AUGAAAUACCAACAUGUGGUGGCCUUGCUGGAUCCGCUGUCCAACCACCGUGUGAUAACCCUACUCCAGUAUCCCCCCACCCAAGGGAAAUACAUCGCUCACAAGGUGCUGCUGCUGCUGCGGCACUACUCCCUCUCUGAUGCAGAGCGGGCCGAGGAACUCGCUGGCCUUGCCAACUCCCCGCUGCUGGAUUACCGCUCACGCGCAGAAGAACAUGUGGAAAAAGAAAUAUCAGAGAACAUGAAGGCAGAAGGUGUGAUGCUGCAUCCUCUGGCAUUGGGAGAUGGCCCUGAGCCUGAGCUGAUGUGUAUCUUUGGGACUGGGGACUUAGGACGCUCUCUGGGCCUGCGUCUGCUCCAGUCCGGCUACAGGGUGGUGUAUGGCAGCCGCAGACCUCACAGCUGUGGCCCCUUGCCUGAGGGAGCUCAGGUGAUGACCCAUGAAGAAUCAGCCCGGUCUGCCAAGAUGAUCUUCGUUUGUGUUCACAGAGAACACUAUGAAUUUCUGGAGAAGAUGGCACCUCAACUUGAAAGAAAGGUGCUGGUGGACCUCAGUAACAACUUGAAGAAAGACAUGUACAUGGAAGCGAAUGCCGUCUACUUGCAGAGGCUGGUCCCUAAAGCGGCCGUAGUGAAAGGCCUUAACACCCUGUCCGCCUGGGCCCUGCAGAAUGGACUUCUAGCAGGAAGACAGGUGUACCUGUGUGGGAACAAUGGAGAAGCAAAACGGGAUGUGGCAGAGAUGGCCACCAAACUAGGCCUUACUGUUGUGGACAAAGGGUCCCUGUCAGCUGCUAAAGAGGUGGAGGACUUCCCUCUGCAGCUAUUCCCAGAGUGGAGGAUGCCUUUGUACGUGGCUUUUGGCCUCUCCGCCUUCUUUUUCUUGUAUUUGGUCAUUAGAGAUAUCAUCUAUGCAUAUGUGGAAAAUGAUGAAGAUAUCUCCUACCGCAUAAUGAUAUCCCUGGCCAACAAGAUCACUCCAGUCGUGUCCCUCAUUAUGCUGUCGCUCUGCUACCUCCCCGGAGCUAUAGCUGGUUUCCUUCAGCUCUACAGAGGGACCAAGUACAGGCGUUUCCCCAAUUGGCUAGAUCGCUGGAUGCUGUGCAGGAAACAGUUGGGUCUUCUUGCACUAGGCUUUGCGUUGCUCCAUGCUAUCUACACAUUAAUCAUUCCUGCCCGCUACUCUGACAGACAAAGAGUCAUCUCCAGUGUGUUGAAUGAGGUGAAGAAAAAUACUACCACUCCACUUUACUUUGACAAUACCAGCGCAUGGCGCACUGACUCAUUAUAUGCACUGGGAAUCCUGGGCUUCUUUCUUUUUGUCCUGCUGGGGCUAACAUCCUUGCCCUCUGUGGGAGGCACUCUCAGCUGGAGAGAGUUCAGCUUUGUUCAGUCGACGCUGGGCUACCUGACUCUUUUUCUCUCCACUGCACAUUGCUACAUUUAUGCCUGGGAUAGAUUCCUUCGCAAAUCUACGUAUAAAUGGUACACUCCUCCGGACUCCAUGCUCUGUCUAAUUGUUCCUUCAGUGACACUGGUGCUCAAGCUGAUCCUCGUCCUCCCCUGUGUGAACCGUCCACUGAUGCGCAUUCGCCAAGGCUGGGAACGCAACCGGCCAAAGGAUGAGAUGGGUGAACUCAAAGCCACUAACAUGUGA